GGUAAUUGAGUUUUUUCUUCUUUAUAUAAAAAUAAUGUUUGGUGCUUUUCGACCUUCAUUGGUGGCCCAAAGUGGUCUACUUUGGAAAAACCCUUUCCGCAUGUCAGCAACUAGAAAAGCUAAUGUUCGUAAGAGACUUAAGGAAGUAGAUAAUGUUAUUGCAACAAUUGCUGAAUCAGGUGUUAAUUGUAAAGCUUUGGAUAAAGCACUUGCUCUUCCAAAGGAAUCUGAAAUGCUUGCUAGAGAUAAAUAUACAGUAUUCACCCGCAAUGCUAAAGGAUAUCGUAAAUCUAUUCACAAAGUACCUAAAUUCACAAAAACUACUAAUAGAACUAGCCCUUCUGGUUUCUAGACAUCAAAUAUACAUGAUAGUACAAAUAUAUAUAUUAUAUAUCAGCAAAUGACAGAAAAAAUAAAUUGUUCAUUAUAA